ACAAUCGAUUCCGAGCUCGUUCACCUCUGCGCAGCAAAGGCGGUUGGACUUUAAACAUUUCUGUUAAUGUUAAACGCGCUUAUCUUUACUUGUUCACCAUGGCAACCUUCGUGAAGCUUAACACCGGGGCAAAUAUGCCCAUCGUUGGUCUGGGCACGUGGAAGUCUCCUCCAGGUAAAGUGGCAGAAGCUGUUAAAGCAGCCAUUGCUGCAGGCUACAGACACAUUGAUGGGGCCAUGGUGUACCAAAACGAAACUGAGGUCGGAGAGGGAAUUCAGGCUAUGAUAAAAGAAGGAGUGGUUAAAAGAGAAGAGCUGUUUGUGGUCAGCAAGCUCUGGUGCACCUUUCAUGACAAGUCCCUAGUAAAGGGUGCCUGUCAGAAGACUUUAAGUGACCUGAAGUUGGACUACCUGGAUCUUUACCUGGUUCACUGGCCAAUGGGCUUUAAGGCCGGGUCAGAGCUGUUUCCACUGGACAGCGAGGGGUUAACCAUUAGUGACGAUACCAAUUUUUUGGACACCUGGGAGGCCAUGGAGGAGUUAGUUGAUGCCGGGUUGGUUAAGGCCAUCGGUAUAUCUAACUUCAAUCGAGAGCAAAUUGAAGCUAUCCUAAACAAACCAGGACUGAAGUACACACCUGCCAACAAUCAGGUUGAGUGCCAUCCAUAUCUGUCUCAGGAGAAACUGAUCAGCUACUGUCAGUCCAAAAACAUUACAGUGACUGCGUAUAGUCCUCUGGGAUCACCAGACAGGCCAUGGGCCAAACCAGAAGAUCCCUCACUGCUUGAAGAUCCACACAUCAAAGCCAUAGCAGAGAAGCACAAAAAGACCACCGCCCAGGUCCUGAUCCGCUUCCACAUUCAGAGGAAUGUGAUUGUCAUCCCCAAGUCUAUUACACCUCAGCGGAUUCAAGAGAACUUUCAAGUCUUUGAUUUUGAACUGAGCGAUGAGGAGGUGAAGACCAUCUUGGGCUUUAACAGGAACUUCAGGGUUUGUCCAAUGCAUUGGGGGGUGAAGCACAAAGACUACCCAUUUAAUGCUGAAUUUUAAAAGAACAUGCCCAAAAUGCUGUCGGGUCAAAUUAGAUUUCUGGUGUUCCUGGUAUUAUUGCAGUGGCCUUUGAUUAAAUGUGAAAAUGUUCUUGCAAAACGUAGCAUACUGUUACUGAAAAAUUGUAAACCUUAGAGUUCAUUCUUGAUGUGUUAAUUUCCAAAAAUGGAAGCACACAAGUCUUGUUAUAGCAACAGCUAUAUGAAUGAAAUGCACUUGCUGAAAUGUCUUCACCAUCAACUGUAGACUUUACAGUCUUGUUUGUCUGUUUUAAUGCAUUGUAAAUGUGAAACUGUUACAGUGUACAGGCUUGCAUGGCUCUUCCAAAAAAUGUCUCGGAAACAAAAAAAUAAAUAAAUAUUCAAGAAACGAA